AUGGAUGCUCAGAGCUGGAUCAUCGACUUUGGCACGUGGUUCAGGAGAGAUUCCUGUGUUUACAGACGAGUGUUGCCAACUGUAGAGCCAGGAUAUCUGCGACCCCUGAUACCAUCUGAGGCUCCUGAAACUCCUGAGAAGUGGCAGGACGUCAUGAAGGACAUCGAGAGAGUCAUCAUGCCAGGAGUUACACACUGGCAUUCACCAAGAUUCCAUGCUUACUUCCCCACUGCCAACUCAUAUCCUGCCAUCGUAGCUGACAUGCUGAGUGAUGCCAUCGCCUGCAUCGGUUUCACUUGGAUCGCAAGCCCUGCGUGCACAGAGUUGGAAGUCGUGAUGCUGGACUGGCUCGGCAAGAUGCUUGACCUUCCCGCACCAUUCCUUGCCUGCUCCGGGGGCAAAGGCGGUGGAGUUAUUCAGGGAACAGCAAGUGAGGCUACCUUGGUUGCGCUUCUGGGAGCCAAAGCCAAGAUGAUACGUCGUGUCAAGGAAGAACACCCAGACUGGUCAGACUACGAUAUCGUCCGCAAGCUUGUCGGAUACUGUUCAGACCAGGCACAUUCCUCUGUAGAACGAGCAGGUCUACUCGGAGGAGUAACAAUGAAACCCAUUCCAGCUGAUGACAGGUACCAGAUGAGGGGAGAUACACUCAAAGACAUCAUCCAGAAAGACAAGAACGAUGGUCUGAUUCCAUUUUUUGUGGUGGCAACCCUGGGGACAACAAACUGCUGUGCUUUCGACUGUCUUGAUGAAGUCGGUCCUGUUUGUGAGGAAGAAGAAGUCUGGCUACAUGUCGAUGCUGCCUAUGCAGGUUCUGCUUUCAUCUGCCCUGAGUACCGUUAUCUCAUGUCUGGUGUCGAGUUCGCGGACUCCUUCAACUUCAACCCUCACAAGUGGAUGUUGGUCACUUUCGACUGUUCAGCAAUGUGGCUGAAGGACCCAUCCUAUGUUGUGGACGCUUUCAACGUAGAUCCUCUCUACCUGAAACACGACAUGCAAGGAUCUGCUCCAGACUACAGGCACUGGCAAAUCCCUCUGGGUAGGAGGUUCCGGUCACUGAAGCUCUGGUUUGUGCUGCGACUUUUUGGCGUGGAGAAUCUCCAGAAACACAUCCGAAAACAGAUUGGUCUGGCCCACGAGUUUGAGAAACUUUUGCAGAGUGACGAGCGGUUUGAGAUCAUCCACGAAGUUCUCAUGGGUUUGGUCUGCUUCAGGCUUAAGGGUUCCAACGAGUUGAAUGAAACUCUGCUGAAAAGGAUCAACGGAAACGGGAAAAUCCACCUGGUGCCAUCCAAGAUCCGGGACGUGUACUUCCUGAGGUUGGCGAUCUGCUCGAAGUUCACAGAGUCUGAGGACAUUCAGUUCUCAUGGCAGGAAGUUCAGUCACUCGCCAAUGACGUGUUGGCAGAGGGCAGACCUGGCAACUGAUAGAUCCUGAAAAUUUCAGUUUAACUUAUUCCUAUUUCUUAAUUUAAACCCCUAAUUUAAUCUUUACUCAAUGAGAAUCAUCAUAUUUAAUCGUUCAUUGAUUUAACGUCAUAUUUUAACGUACUUGAAGAAAGGCGUAACAAUAAAUCUCUCAAUAAUGAAUUAAUAAAGACAAUAAAGGUCAACAAUAAUAACGAUUAAAAGCAUUAAGUUUAGUUGUAAAUAAAAUUGUGUAGGUAAAAGUUAUUUAGGAAAAUCACUAUUUACUCCAACAUCCUACUUGGAAAACUAAAUGAACUUAUCUAAGGGAUUAGAGGUAUUUUAGCAGGUAAAGAUAUGGACCAUUGCUUAGUGGUAUUUAGAUUAGUGAUAAGAUAAAUAAAUGUGAUAUUACGUUUUGAAUUAAUGUACUACGCAGUUUGAAAAGCUUUAGAUGUGAAUUAGUAUUAUAUCAUAAAUACUAAUGCUAAACAUGUACACAUAGAUACAAUAUUAAAUUAUUUAUUUUGUGUGUUUUUUGUAUUAGCACUUUCCGCUUUUAUCUUAUUAGUAGCAAUGCGAUGCUUAAUUGAAAUCAAAUAUAUUCUGUUUAUAAAUGUUCCUACAGCAACAAAUUUUGAAAUGUAUUGGUGUUCGCUUUUUGUACAAAGUAGCAGAAUGAGUACGAAAUAUCGCCAUGUUGUAUUGAAAAUUUAACACGCUUUUGAGCAUAUUUUCAAUCAAUCGAGUCCAUCUAACUGAUACGAUCAGCAGUCUAUUCAAUCAUGAUAUUUAUAUUUGUAAUUGUUAAUGAUAAAGUAUAGCCUAUUGGCAAGUGAUAUUGGUGAGACCAAUAAUAGUAGUCGAGUUUAAUAGAUAAUAAGUAGUAUUAGUGAUGUUUCAGAUCAACAUCAAAAUAUCUUAGAAAAGGCUAUUAUUUUUACAACAGUUA